AAUACCGAUGCUCAAUCCUUUUGCUCGUGUCGUUUAGGGCGUAUUGCCCUUUAAACACGCAGACAUCCAGAUUCCAUCUUCGAAGUCCUUCACAAACCCUAGAAAGGGAAAGGCUCCUUUGGAAAUUUGUUUGUAUUGGUCGCAAGAUAAUUCAUGGAGAGGAAUGUAAUUAAGAAAUCUCGUGUUCAUUCUCCUAAUGGUAGUACAAGCGAGGAAGGCCUCGUGGAGAAACUUCCUGUUGAGAUUAUUGGAGAGAUAUUGUCUCGGGUAGGAGCUGUACGAGAUGUCAUCAGAGCUUCUCUUACUCGUCGCAAGUGGCGAGAAGCUUUUCGCAAGCACCUUCACACACUCUUGUUUGACGUUUCUGAUGGUGAUCCUGUCUACCAUGAACUUCCUACGCCUGACUUGGAAGUGUUGAUCACAAAAACGUUAUUUCAAACGAAUGGUGUGCGAAAACUAUCCAUUGCAACUCACAGGCACAAGGUUUCAGCUGUUGCAGCCUUGGGCUGGUUAAUGUUCACAAGAGAAACCUUGUCGGAGUUGCUUUAUAGGGUUAUCACUUCGCCCACUAUUAGUGUUCUUGAUAUAUGCGUAAGGCGGAAACUCAAAACAUUGAGUUUAUAUGAAGUAAAACUUGUCGGGGUUGAACCAGUCUUCCAUCGAUUCCCCUGUCUGACAUCACUUUGUCUAAAUUAUUGUUGUAUUUCAGAAGAGGAUUUAAACCGACUCCUCCUGGCUCUUCCCAAACUUGAGUGUUUGGAACUACGUAGUCACGAAUUUGGACUAGUAGAUGAGUAUUUUAAUGAAGAAAUAACUGUCAAAUUGUGUUUACCUACAUUAAAGACUCUUCUUUUCAGUGGUGUCGUUGUAUUUGAACUUAUUUUGGAGACCUGUGAUAUUGGAUAUUUGCAUGUGAACGACUCUUGUUUUGGCAUAUUUAAGGUUCAUGGCAGUAAAAACUUGAGGCACCUCAAGAUUUCUAAAUCACAUUUUUCACUUCUUGAAAUUGAAGAGGGUGACAAUCUAGAGAUUUGAGAAUUCGUCACCAGUCAUGUCGUUCAGUCAAAUUUGUUCCCGAUGAAGGUUCAAGCACCAAAGUUGAAAAUGUUUCGAAUUUGGCGUUUUAUUGGGGAACGCAUGAGAUUUUACGGAGAUCCUACAAUAAUUGUUGAUGGGUCCGAACUAGUUGUGGAUUUAGACCAAAUUGCUGUUUGUUCGCCCCAGCUCAACCAUCUUUCAAUACUCUAUGAUGUAGAUGAGCCUGUCAACUAUAACUUUAGAGGAUUGUCUCCAUUGGAGAAUGUGGUCAUCUUGGAUGUUGGAUGGGAAUAUUUUAAUUGGGAUUGUAUUGUUGACUUCACGGAAUGGACAGAGAAGGUGCUGAAGUGCUGUCCAAAUCUUAGGAAGUUGAUUGUCCACGGGAAGGUUCUAAAAUCGGAAGAUCCCGAGUAUUUGAUGAAUCUUGCAGAGCACACCUCAUCGAUGUCUGAAAUGUUGAGCAAGUAUCCGCAUAUAGAAGUGAAGUUUACAUACAAUGUUGAGACCUUUCAGAACACACCUCUUCAGUAUGGCUUCGGAGAGGACUGGUGAUUGGGCAGGCAGAGAAGGUGCUGCUUCAUCCUUGUCCCAAAUGUUAGGAAGUAUCCGCAUUUCGACUUCUACAUCAAAGCUGGGAGAUUGCUGCUGCCAACCAAACCAACAGUCCCAAUUUGCAUAUUAAAGCAGAUGGAGAGGAAUGUAAGAAAAAAGUCAAAUAUUUGUUCUGGUAAUGGUAGUACGUGCCCGGAAGGUCUUGUAGAGAAACUUCCCCUUGAGGUUAUUAAAGAGAUUUUGUCUCGUGCAGAAGAUGCAAGAGAAAUGAUUAGAGCUUCUGUAAUCUGCAGCAAGUGGCUUGAAGCGUAUCGCAAACUCCUUCAUACACUUUCCUUUGAUGUUUCUGAUGAUCUAUCCUCAACUUGGAAAUGUUGAUCGCAAAGACCUUACUUCCACCACUCUGUUUCCGUAGGUUAACAGUUCUAUUGGAUGACAAGCACGAGUUCUCCGCUGUUGCAUCUGUGUGGGCUGGUUACUGCUCACAAGAGAAACAUCGUCGGAAUUGUUUCAUAAGGUUAGCACCUCUUCCAGUAUCAGUGUUCUUGAUAUAUGUGGAGGGUGGAAUUUGGAAACCUUCAGUUUAUGUUUCUACAAAAUUAGAGGGGUUGAACAACGGGGUUUCAUAGAUUUCCUUGUUUCACAUCACUUUCUCUAAAACGCGUCCGUAUUUCAGCAGAGGACCUAAACGGACUUCUUUUGGCUUUACCUAGAAUCGAGCAUUUGGAACUCACAAAGAUUGUCUUAGGAGUUGUAGUUGAUGAUGACUGUCAAGAAGAUGUAACGGCCAUGCUGCAUAAAAGUACUUUGAAGUCUCUUUUUCUUAAAGAUCUUCAAGAAUUUGUGGUUAUUUCGGAGAAUGGUGGCAUUGAGUAUUUGCAUGUGGAGGACUGUAUUUUUUGUUCAUUUUGGGUCGUUGGCAGCAGAAGUUUGAGGCAGUUCAAACUUCCCAACUCGGAGUUUCGGCUUCUUGAAAUUGAAGAGGGAGAUGAUCUAGGGAGUUUAGCAAUCACCGCGAGUUUAGCAAUAACUGUGGUUUUGAACAAAUGGCUGUAUGUUCCCUGCGACUGAGCCAUUGUGCUACUGGUGCAUUGUCCAUGCCUUUUUGUUACUGCGAAAAAUUCCCUGUGGGGUGAAACGUGGGGAAGUAUCUGCGUAUAGAAGUUUGCAUCUUAAGCGGGUAAAUUGGAUCUUCUAUUUAGGACUCUUGUUGGUUAUA